AUGGCUUUAUGUAAAUGGUUCGGUUAUCCUGAUAUUUUUAUAACCAUUACAUGCAAUCCCAAGUGGCCAGAGGUAAAACGGUUUCUUAAAGACAACACUCUCAAUCCAGAAGAUAGGCCUGAUAUCCUAUCAAGGUUAUUUAAAGUGAAGUUGGAUGCGAUUUGUAAAGAUUUAAAGGAUUGCCAUAUGUUAGGAAAAGCAGCAGCAAUUAUUUAUACAUUCGAGUUUCAAAAACGUGGCUUGCCUCAUGCGCAUUUGUGCUUAUUCAUGGAACCUGAAGCUAAACUUCCCACUGUUGACCAAGUUGAUCCGUUCAUAUGUGCCGAAAUUCCAAAAAGAGAUGAGGACCCAGAGUUGUAUUCGCUUGUGAAGGAUUUUAUGAUUCAUGGAUCGUGUGGAAAUGCUAAUAUGAACUGCCCAUGUAUGGUUGAUAAACAGUGUUCAAAAGGUUUUCCAAAAAGAUUUCAAGAUACUACCACAAUUGACGCCAAUGGUUUCCCAUUAUACAGAAGGAGAGAUGAUGGAGCAACAGUUGUCAAGAACCGGAUCGAGUUAGAUAAUAGAAGUGUUGUACCAUACAACAAAAAGUUAUUGAAAAAGUAUCAGGCACAUAUAAACGUUGAGUGGUGCAACCAAGCUGGGUCAAUUAAGUAUUUGUUUAAGUAUAUCAACAAAGGUCCUGAUAGAGCAACAGUUGUUGUUUCGCAUAGCGAUAAUCAGAAUGAACAACCUGAAAAAGAUGAGAUUAAAGAGUACUAUGACUGUCGGUAUAUCUCAGCAUGUGAGGCAUCAUGGAGGAUAUUUAGUUACGAUGUAAAUUACAGAUAUCCUUCUGUUAUCAGGCUUCCAUUCCAUCUUCCAGGGCUACAACCGGUUGUCUUUGGACCAGACGAAGACAUCAAUUCUGUUCUUAACAGGCCAUCUGUCAAGUUUUCUAUGUUUCUGUCUUGGAUGGAACGGAACAAAGACCCUGAUGACCAUUUGACGUGUAUACUAACUUAUGUUCAGUUUCCAACUUGGUAUGUAUGGAUGUAUGGAAGAUUGAAAACCGUUGUUGGCAACCUCGGAAGAAAGGUAACUCAAUUGGCAGAAUUCAUAAUAGAUGCGUGUUUUGCACUUGGUCUUUUAGAUGAUGACAAAGAGUACAUCGAAGCAAUUAAAGAAGCAAACGAAACAACAACAGCUUCUUAUGUCCGAAAUUUAUUUGGCAUGAUGCUAUUGUCCAACACUAUGUCCAGACCGGAGAUCGUAUGGGAAAGCACGUGGAAAUACAUGACAGAUGAUUUCAUCUACAGAUACAGUAAAUUACAUCGUGUUGAAGGUUUAUCAAUUCCAGACGACGAACUUAAAAAUUACGCUUUGUUGGAAAUUGAAAAGUUUUUAGUUAUGAAUAGCUCAUCGCUACGGAACUUCUCAACAAUGCCUUUUCCAGAUUCUUCUUCGUUAUCUGAUCUCGACAAUCGUCUGAUUAACGAGGAGCGUACUUACGACGUAUUAAGUCUCGCAGAGGAAUAUCUUAAUCUGUUUAAUAUGUUAACUGAUGAACAAAGGUCGCUGUUUGAAGAGAUAAUGAAAUCUGUUGAUGGUAACACUGGAGGGAUGUUUUUUGUUUACGGAUAUCGUGGCACCGGGAAAACCUUUUUAUGGAAGACGUUGUCUGCGGCACUUCGAUAA